AUGAACGACUAUGAGAUUCGCCGCGCUGAGAAGAUCCGGGCCAACCAGGCACUCCUCGCCGAGCUUGACAUCAAGCCCGUGGUUCUGAGAGCAACACGCAAUGCAAAUGGCAGGCCACCUCCAGCAAAGCGACGAAAGAUCUUACAAGAGUCCGCGCCUUCUCGCGCCUCAGCUCGUAUAGCAGCAGCACCGGUGAAGGCAAUCUAUAACGACGAGCCUGACAUCAAAGCAAUCUCCCUACCACGAUCGGUAGCCAAGAAGAGCAAGACAAUUGGGAAGCAGCAUCUUGGGUCGCGACAUGUAGUAGACUUAGAGCCGUUGGUGCCAGUGAAGGGUGUGGAUGAGAUCAGAGCUGGUUGGACAUCGUGGGAAGCCACAGGGCCAACACCUACUCGAGACGAUAUCACCAAAGAAUUCCACUUCUCACACUACCCAGUGUUCAUGCCCAACAAAUCACCAGCAGAACUUCUGCGGGAAGGCGGUUUCGGUGGCUCAUAUUACCGCCCACUUCGAUCGCGUACAUUGGGGAUCCAAGUCUCAGGGGACUGGAAAGAGCUGCCGGAGGAGUGGAUAGAAGGACUAGACGUAGAUCGCUUCCUCACCUCUCCAACCUACGACCCAGAAGUCAACAAAUACAAAGUCUCAUGUGGCCAAUCAAUAGAGGAAUGGGAGGCCGCAGGCUGGAUAAACCACGACCAUGACGUCCGAGGCUGGUUCCAAUGGUAUACCCGUUUCUUUCGCGGACGACGCUGCGACGAUGAUGACAGGCAGGUAAGUAGAUGGAAGAAAUGUGUCGGGCCGACAGGACGAUGGAGGAGGAUGCUGUUGAAGAAGUACGGGGGAAUGGGUGUGAAGGAGGUCUUUGAUGAUGGCGCAGAGGUUGAUGAGGAUGGUGUCGGGCAGGAGGUUAGUCCGGUUAUGCAUCAGACUUGUCAUCACUGGGCUUUUGAGGUGAGGCAGGAGCACUUGGACGAGUUUUGGAGAGGUGGAGGACGGUGA